CCCACCACCGAAGAAUUAAGAUGCCUAGAGCUUUCCUGGUGAAAAAAACGUGCGUUUCCACCGGCAAGAGGAAUUGGAGUGAACUUCCCGAUGAGGAAAGAGGAGAAAUUUACGUCCCAGUCUCCUUGGGCGGGUAUGCCCUAUGGAAGGACCCAGAACCUUCGGUGGCUGAGCCGCCUUCGUACCCGAUGCCUCUGGACAUGACGAUACGGAACUCCACGUACACGGCUGCACAGCCGCACUGCACAGCCCAGGUCCCGGGUGGCAUCCAACAGGAUGCGGAAACUGGAUUUCUGCGGCCCAAGAUCAAGGUGACGCAGGGCGAAGGGCCGGGAGACCAGCUGGCCUGCCCGUACUGCCAGAAGGGCUUCUCCUUCCAGCGCAUGCUCAACCGUCACAUGAAGUGUCACAGCCACGUCAAGCGCCACCUCUGCCAGUACUGCAACAAGGGCUUCAACGACACCUUCGACCUCAAACGCCACGUCCGGACUCACACGGGCGUGCGGCCUUACAAGUGCGACCUCUGCGACAAGGCCUUCACCCAGCGCUGCUCGCUCGAGUCCCACCUGAAGAAGAUCCACGGGGUGCAGCAGAGUUACGCCUACAAGGAGCGCCGCGCCAAGCUCUACGUGUGCGAGGACUGCGGCUCCACGGCCGACAGCCAAGAGGGCCACCUUCGCCACCUCCAGGAGCGCCACCCCGACAGCCCGCUGCUGCGCAAGGCCUCCCGCAAGGCGGCCGCGGCCCUUCAGGGCGCCGCCCCGGCUGGCCUGCUGCAGGACCGCCCCUGCCUCUGA